AUGGCUGCGAAUGUCCGUUAUAAUGCCCUCGAGGCCGACGAAGAAAACGGUAUGUUCACCAAUCGGACUACUAUGAUGGCCAAUUUGGAAGAAUGGAUUAAAAUGGCUACAGAUAAUAAGAUUAAUUCAAGAAAUAGUUGGAAUUUUGCUUUAAUCGAUUAUUUUUAUGACUUGAAUGUAUUGAGAGAUUCUGAAAAUAAUAUUAAUUUCCAAAAAGCUUCCGCUACUCUUGAUGGUUGCGUUAAGAUUUAUUCAUCCAGGGUUGAUUCAGUGACGAGUGAGACUGGGAAAUUGUUGAGUGGGUUGGCUCAGAGAAGAGAGGCCCAAAAGAAACAAAACCAGGAGGAUAACGGCAAAGAAGGGGCAAAAAAUGAGGAUUCCAAUUCGAAUAGUCAGGAUAAAGAAGCAAAUGAUGAUUCUGUGGAGAUUGACCCAUUGACUGGCCUUCCAAUUGGUAAAGAUGUUGACGCACAUACAAGAACAAGAGUGCAUAACAGAAUUCUAGAAACAACGCUAGUUGAAUUUGACACCAUUAAGCUGAAGGAAUUGGAUCAAGAAUUAAGUAUAGAUCCUCUAUUCAAGAGAGCUCUAGUUGAUUUCGACGAAGGUGGUGCAAGAAGUUUUCUUUUGAAUACCUUAAACAUUGACAAGACUGCAAGGGUGGUGUUCGAUGCCUCCGUAAGAGACAGUGCAAGGACAAAAGAAGAUGAAAAAGAGCUACAGGAAGAUUUGAAUAUUGAUGAAACUAAACUCUCUGACAUAGAAAGUGACAAAGAAUCUGAUUUGCCUAAUAUUCAAUCAUCUAAGAUUCCCAACGAAUCUCUCUCCAAAAUUGAAGAAACUUCCAUCAAUGGCUUCUCUCUCGAGGAUGAAAUUUUAGCACUAGGUAUGGAUAUGGUCAAAUUUCAAGAAAUAUCAACUUGCGAAAUCUCCCCAUCUAUACAACAGUUGAGAAAUGUCGUUGAAGACAUCAAUAAAGCCAAAUCCUUCAUUGACAGUGUCAAUAAUAAAUUUGAUAAUUUCUUGACAGAAGCCGAACUUCAAGAGGCAAUGCCUGAAAACAAUCUGAACGAGUAUGAUGGCGUUGCAGACGAAUUUGAUACUGGAAUUCGACAGGAACUCGAAUAUUCACUACAUCAAAAUCAAGAUGAUGAUGACGAUGCUCUCGAUAACGAUGAUGGUACAGUGUCCAAAUCAUUGGCAGCAAAUCCAGAUGAUACAGAUCAGUUUUCAACUAGUGCGGCGGAUGGACUAUUUGAAAAAGACCUUAUAGCAUAUUUCGAUGAUAAUUUUAGUAAAAACUGGCGUGGUAGAGAGCAUUGGAAAGUUCGUAAUUUUAAAAAGAGAAAUCUAACGGAAGAAGCUAAUUUCAAGAAUACAGAGAGUAAAACAGAUAAUUCAUCAGAAAGCACAACUGAUCUAACCCAGGUAACUAAGCAUGAUGCUCAGCACUCGAAAAAGAAGAAAACAGGGCUUGAGAUUGAUUUUUUCAAUUUGGAUGAUAAUCUGGAAGCAAACGUCUUCGCCACUAGCAAAAAACCUAGUCAAAUUGAAAUGCCUCAAAGGCUGAGAACCAACGAUCUACAUUAUCUGUUGCCUGACGACUUCCAUUUUUCAGCAGACAAGAUAACAACAUUGUUUAUCAAACCAAGACAGAAAAUGAGUUUGUUCAAGAAUCGUAAGAGACGCUAUAAAAAUACAAUAGACUCUCACGCCAAUAUGUUAAAUGGUGUACAUACAUCUGAAGCUGACGGCAACCUAGAAGUAAACAAAGGCCUACCAGAAAUUGCAGACGAGCAAUUUUGGGCAGAUAAUUACGAAAGGAAAGAACAAGAAAAUAAUGAUACAAACGAUGAAGAUGUUAAUAUCAGAGAGGCAGAAAUUUCAAAUCCAUUUGACGAUGGUAUUGAUUUUAACCAAGCCUUUGAUGAUGCAAGCUUUCCGAAUGACGACAACGCUGAAUUGAACGAAAAUUCUGGUGCUGUACCGAAUGAAGAAGACAACAAGAAGUUUCAUCUUGCUGAUAAUAAGGUCAAUUACUCACGUGUGGCCAAAAAAGUUGAUGUGAGGCGACUUAAGAAUAAUCUUUGGAAAUCUAUCAACUUGUUAGUAGAGAAAAAUAAGGAAAACUUUCACGGACCUGAAAAUGAGCAAGAUGGUGUAGUAAAACCUUUAAACAACGUUAUCGAGUUGAAAUUCACGGACAUUACAAACGAAAUAAAAAAUAUCUAUUCAAAAGAGACGCUAAGAGACAUAUCUACAAGUUUUUGCUUCAUCUGUCUACUGCAUUUAGCUAAUGAAUAUGGUCUCCAGAUUAGUAACGCAGACGACUAUGAAAACCUUGUUGUCGAGUACUAUAUAAAUGAGACUACGAGUUAG